UUUGAUAUUUUUUAUAUUGAAAUUUUUUCAAACACAACUCUUUAAAGUAUUUUGAUUAAUUUGUUGUUCGUUUUAAAGAAAAAAUUCCUGCACAAAUGUUAUCAAUUGAGUACAUAACAUCAUUCCUUCAUUUUAAAAAGAAAGCAAUUGUUUUGAAUUCAAGUGAUGUCAGAAAAGAACACUAAACACUAACAGUUAACCAAUAAAUAGUUGAUGGACAGAAACAGAACGAAUUUGGAUUCUUCUGUGGGAGCAUCUCCACAGAGGACAGGGUUGCUAGGCUCAAUUGAUGCAGUCUUUGAGCAAAAUAGACAAGAGGAUGAAAGAAGGAAAAGUAAACUUAGAGAUCAAAGAGAAGCAGAGCUAGCCCACUCUAGCUACUUGAAGUAUAAUGCCUCAUCAGUACAAGAAUUACAAGAUGCUAAAUGUGUGGUGCAACAAUGGGCAAAUAAACAUUCUAGUAAAAGAAUGAACAAUCUGACUAAGGCCGUUGCUGAUAAAAGAAGUCCACUAAAUAGACCAGAUAAAAGAAGUCCACUAAAUAGACCAGAUAAAAGAAGUCCACUAAAUAGACCAGAUAAAAGAAGUCCACUAAAUAGACCAAUUAUAAAGACAACAAAUUCAAGAUUUGGAACUCUUUUGUACUCAACUCAGAACAAUGGCACCAAUUCAAUGACAAAGCCAAACUUAAAUGAUAAAAGAUCACCAUUAAAGAGGAAGAAAGAUUUUAUUCCAGAAUUUUCUGAUGAUGAUGAUGACAUUUUGAUGAUGAGCCUUAGUGAUUCAGGUUUCCCUUGUGUGGACCUCCAAACACCAGACAGGAUGGACAUUAGUCCAGCUAGAAAAGGUAUGAAAAAAGACACAUUUGGGUCACAGUUGGAAACAAAGAGGAGAUGUUUUGAGCCUUCUAUCAAAGUUGACCAGCAGUCAAAGAAUUCUGAACCAUCUCAUACACUAUCUAGUGCAGCAGAUUUUAUUCCACUCAAUAGAAAUAACUCUGCAUUGGGAAAAGAAGGACAAAAUGUAAACUCUGAAGAAAAAGAAAACAAUUUGAGGAAUGUUCAACCAAAUAGUUCAAACGUUUCUGUAGUUGAGAUUUCAGAUGAAGAAAACAGUGUUCUACAUAUUAGUGACCAUGAUUUGUCUUCAACCGACAAUUCAAAUGAUGCAUCAAAUUCCAUUGUUCAAUCAGUGAGGCCUAAAGACAGCAGUCUUGUCAGGUGUCCUGUACUAAAUUGUAAUGGCAUAUUUGAUUCCAAAGAAUUUUUUGAUAGACACAUGAAUAACUUUGAGCAUUCUCCGACUGAUCCAUGGGGUGAACACAGUGAUAAUAAAGAUGUCCCAAGUGACAUUGUAAUGUGUCCUGAAUGUGGAAAAGUAUUUAAGCAAAGAGAAGCCUGUGAACAGCAUAUAAAAGAUAAGAAGCAUGUUUAUCCACUGACUCCUCUACCAGUACAGGGAUACCUCUGUCGCUCAUGUCUCAUGUUGUUCCCUACAGACGAAGAAUGUGUAACUCACAUUACCACUCUCAAACAUAACUCAACAGCUUUUCCAUUUUCUGAUGACAUGAAAGGUUUGUUUACCAAAUUCAAAGGAAUACCAGUUUCAAAGAAAUUUGUAGAAGAUUAUUAUAAAAUGUGUAUGUUGGCAGAUUUCAAUAUAGUUUGUUGUGAUUGUGAAAUACCUAUUAAUGGACAUAGAGAACUGCAACAGCACUUGGAUGAAACAAGACUUACACACAGUUUUAUGGCAUUAACUGAAAUGACACUGAUGGAUAUUUUUACCUGUUAUUUGUAUACUCACAAAUGUUCAACAUGUCAUGCAGCUGUGGAAAAUCCCAAAAUAAAUGGUGGAUUUCACAGCUGUAAUAAAGAAAUAGCUGGAAAAAUAAUAACUGAUGGUUGUAGCUCAUUCAAAGCCUUGGUGCUGGGUCAUUGUGUUAGGUUAGAACAGGAUAAUAUCACUGAACUUAAAAUUAAAAUCAGUGAGACAUCAAACAAAGAAGUCAGAGAAGAACCAAUGGAAUUGGACCUUCAAAAUGUUAGAACUAACAUGACUAAGUUGCAGAAAUGUGAAAAAGUUUUGCCAUCUAAUCAACUGGCAUAUUCAUGUGUAAACCCUGGACCUUCUAACGAUCUUUCUUAUUUAUGUGAAAAACCUGGACCAUCCGAUAAUUCAAAGUCUUUUAAACGCAAAUCAGAUGAAAAGUUUACAAAUCAGGCCAAAAAUAAUGAAAUUGAAGAUGACUCUAAAUCAAAUAAGCCUUCAAAAAGAAAAAAGAAAAAAAAAUAUUCUGGUGAAACAGAGACAUCUUUUAGAAUGGAUGUGGCCCUAAGUGAUUACAGCAGUAUUACUGAUCCUGCCUACCUGAAAACAAUGGCCAAUAUCAUAUUUUUAGAUUUAGAUAAUUGGAGAGGUUUUUUCCCAAAGUUACCAAACAGAUUACCUGAAAGAUUCUUUGUGUGGGCAUUUUAUGGAGGUAACACACAUUGGAGCGAGCCAUACCAGUGUGGAGCUUAUGAAUAUCAAGUACGUGAAAAUCGUUUCUAUCUUCAUGAUCGUUGUGGAACAAGAAAAGAUGCUGCAGACUUUGCCAUAUGUUUAACGGUUGGUCAAAUGGACAUGGUGUUACCACCAACUGUCCAUUUCACAAUACUUUCUGGUGAUAAAGGAUUUAUGGAAAUAGAAAGACAGAUGAAAGGUUGCAAGCGUAAGGCAGUGGUCAUAGAUCCACAUGAAGCAAUGAAAAUGUCAAGUCAUGUUCUUUAUACUAUGCUAGUUAGUGUAGGGCAAACAUGAAGCAUAUGUUUUAUGCUACAAUUACUAUCCAAGCAGUAAUACACACCAUGGUAAUGAUAAGUCAAGCCAAGGCUAAAGUUGAACCAAUUGCGAUUAUUCUAACUUGUGUUGGGAUUAAAAAUAAAGAAUAUGAGCCUUCAUUGACAAUAUUAAGAUUAUGGAAAAUGUACCUAUAUAUCUGAAAAAGCAGCUGGUGGCAGAAACAAAAU